UGGAGCCGAGAUGGUCACAAGCUGGUGAGUGCCUCCACCGAUAACAUCGUGUCCCAGUGGGAUGUGCUUUCUGGGGACUGCGACCAGAGAUUUCGCUUCCCUUCACCCAUCCUCAAGGUUCAGUACCACCCUCGAGACCAGAACAGAGUUCUGGUCUGUCCCAUGAAGUCGGCGCCGGUGAUGCUGACGCUGUCAGACUCCAAACACGUCGUGCUGCCCGUGGAUGAUGACUCUGACCUCAACGUGGUGGCCUCCUUUGACAGGAGAGGGGAGUACAUCUACACGGGCAACGCCAAGGGCAAGAUCUUGGUCUUAAAAACAGACACUCAGGAUCUUGUUGCUUCCUUCAGAGUGACAACUGGAACCAGCAACACCACAGCCAUCAAAUCCAUCGAAUUUGCUCGGAAGGGAAGCUGCUUUUUGAUCAACACAGCUGACCGGAUCAUCAGGGUGUACGACGGGCGUGAGAUCCUCACGUGUGGCCGAGAUGGGGAGCCUGAACCCAUGCAGAAGCUGCAGGAUUUAGUCAACAGGACCCCGUGGAAGAAGUGCUGCUUCUCUGGGGAUGGGGAGUACAUCGUGGCGGGUUCAGCACGGCAGCACGCCCUCUACAUCUGGGAGAAGAGCAUUGGGAACCUGGUGAAGAUCCUCCACGGGACCAGGGGAGAGCUGCUCUUGGAUGUAGCAUGGCAUCCUGUCCGGCCGAUCAUAGCCUCUAUUUCCAGUGGUGUUGUGUCAAUAUGGGCUCAGAAUCAAGUGGAAAACUGGAGUGCCUUUGCACCUGACUUCAAAGAGCUGGAUGAAAAUGUGGAGUAUGAAGAGAGAGAGUCAGAGUUUGACAUUGAAGAUGAAGAUAAGAGUGAACCAGAACAGACAGGUGCAGAUGCUGCAGAAGAUGAGGAAGUGGAUGUAACAAGUGUGGAUCCCAUAGCUGCUUUCUGUAGCAGUGAUGAGGAACUGGAGGAUUCCAAAGCUCUGCUUUACCUACCUAUUGCUCCUGAGGUUGAAGAUCCAGAGGAGAACCCCUAUGGACCUCCACCAGAUGCAGUGCAGAGCUCUCUAACCGAUGAGGGAAUGGGUUCUGAGAAGAAGAGGCAGUCCUCCUGUGAUGGACCUCAGGCACCAAAGAAGAAGCCCAAAACCACCAACAUUGAACUACAAGGAGUACCCAACGACGAAGUCCAUCCGCUGCUGGGUGUGAAGGGAGAUGGUAAAUCCAAGAAGAAGCAAGCAGGCAGGCCUAAAGGAUCAAAAGGUAAAGACAAAGAUUCUCCAUUUAAACCGAAACUCUACAAAGGGGACAGAGGUGCUUUACCUCUGGAAGGAGCAGCGAAGGGUAAAGUGCAGGCGGAGCUGGGACAGCCUUUGACAGCAGGUGGAGCAAUCUCAGAAUUGCUAUGAAGACACUCUUCUUUAUCUUCCUGUAUUCUUUCCUGUAUUGGCACCAAAAUGUGGAAAACAGCUGAAGUGCUUGGUCAGAGUGGACUGACUCAUACAGCAGACUGAUUGU